AUGGAAGGUGAAAGUAAUAAUGUUUCUGAUUCAAGACUCAUGAAAGGUGUUCUGGACGAACAGAACAGUCAGCCCACUAGGGGUAACAGUGAAUCUUCAUUGAAGCAACUUUUUCAGAAAGUACUCACUCCCAGCGAUGUUGGAAAUAAAAUAUUUGUGAUCCCUAGGAGAUAUGCUAUAAAGUACUUUUCUCAUAUCCAGCAUAACGAGGAGGUUGAUUUUUAUGAUAGCUCAACACAAUCAUGGAGGUUUAAACUUUUUUACUGCCAAAGUAGUAAAAAAUUCACCUUUACAAAGGGUUGGCACAAGUUUGUGCAGGCUAAAAACUUGAAAGCCGGAGAUACAAUUGUUUUUAACUUGUGUGAAAUCAAGAAUGGAACACAUGAGAAUUCCAAUACCUUUGUGAUUGACGUGGUGAAGAACGAUGAAGGUUUGCCAAUGGAUUUAGCACUCAAUCAUAAUGUUGUUGCUGUUGAUGUUGAUGCUGCUCCAACACCUGUUUUGCUUUUUGGAAAGCAAAUAGGUUGGACUAAAUCAAAAAGGGGAAAUGAAGUUUAA